UUAAUUGCUUUGAAAUUAGUUGGUUAGUUAGUUCAGUUGAGGCUCAAGCAGCAACCGUAGUACUUUUCUGAUGAAGAAGACUUGGUUGUGAAUAUUCCUUUUCGAUUCCGGCACAGCAGGGGGCGCCAACCUCACCGCGUGACGUCAUUGGAGGAAAUUAAACAUGGCCGACGGGGAGCGACAGAUGGCGAAAGUUAGCUUCGAGCGUCGGUAAAGUCUGGGGGAGCUUUUUACGUGUUCGCUGCAGGUAUUUGAGUUUCCUAUCGCACGGCAGGUGUGUCGGGGGCUUUUUUUUCUUUCUACAACGGGACACGUCCCACGCAAACAACUACUGUUUCACGUAGUGUCUGUUCGUACCGCAGAGGCCUCAGCUAGCUGCAGCGUUAGCCGCGUUAGCAGCAGGACCACCGCCUGCUUUUGUUUUUGUUGGGGGUGUGAGCCAGACGGCUCGCACCGGGAGGCCUUGCAAGCUUUCUUAUUUUUGCUGUAUUCCUUUGGGUGAAACUACAUUUUGUUGCCUACACUUAUUUCUCAUAAUUUCUGACACUCACUGCAUCGCAGGUCGGACUCCUGCGCGUCUCGCAGCGGCUGUUCACCAAAGGCCAACUUUGCAACGAAGCCAUAUUCUUUUCUUGUUUUAAUCGGACCGACACACUCUUGUUUUUGAGCUGCCGGGCUGUCGCCGGUGUGUGAACAUUACAUCCGGGGAACAUGGAUCCGGGACGCGCUCGCGACAAGCCCUCGGCGAGCGGCGGCGGCGACGGCGGCAGCAGCGGCGGGUCCAGCCCCGCGUCGCCGUCCGGAAGCCCCGCGCCGGCAGCCGGCCCGGGCCAGGGCCAGGGCCAGGGGCCCGGCGGCAACGCGUUCGCCAACGACGGCAGCUUCAUGGAGAUGUUCAAGAAGAAGAUGGAGGAGGAGGAGAGGAGGAGGAAAAAGGAGACGCCGCGAACCGGCGGAGGGGACGCGAGAGCCACAGAGCGGGGACAGGCACCAGUGGAGAAGAAGCCCCCUCCCGUGACCAGCUUUGUGGGGAAGCGCAGAGGCGGUGUGUUCCUAAAGACCGGCAUGGUUGCAAAGAAGCAGAAAGACGACAACGAAGUUGUUCCAGGCAAGAGUGACGCCUGGUCAAAGUACAUGGCUGAGGUGAAAAAGUACAAAGCCCACCAGUGUGGCGACGACGAUAAAACCAGGCCUCUGGUCAAGUAGGCUCCAAAGGGUGAAUGUGAAGCGACAAUGUUGGGAGGGGGACACCUCCUGGGAGAAGCUCUGGGAGGGCCGGACACUCUGGACCCUCUCAUACUGCCAGUCUCAAGUUUCCCUUCGCAUCGAGUCGCUCCCUUACUGCUUAGGACGAUACACCGUUCCCCCUUUUUGUUUUGUAUUGUUUUUUUGUCUUGCUUAUGUUGGACGUCGGUGAUUUUCAUCCGGUGUCAAAAGGUGUUUCACGAACUUGACGUACAUUUUUCAUGAUUAUCAUUAUUGUUGUGUGUGAGGUUUCAAUUGAUUUGAUUUAGUAGCCCAAAUCGAAGUUUCAAUUAAAUCUACACUGCCUA